CUUCGAUGGCCAAUCUUCUCAACUCAACGAUAUGCGGAAAGGAAUUGCAGAUUUUCCGAGACGCUGUCGAUCAACGCAUACUGUGGAGUUUGAAAGUGUUAGAUUCCAAUGGUAAAUUUAAACCAGGGUUUGUUUACGGAAAUAAUUAUUGGUUGGGUAGUCGUAGCCAGUGUAUCGAUACGACAAAUAAAAUUCCUCUACAGCUCUCAAAAAAAAAAUUAAAUACCACGCUAUAUCGUAAUCUGCAAAACGAAUUUCCGCCUUUUAAAAUAAAUUACUUUGCAGCUCAUUUUAGACACAACAGUACUAUUCAAUAUCACAUGAAUAUACUUAACGAAGUAAGUUUAUUAGAUUUUCAUGUAAUAAAAGAGAUGCUUAAAGACAAUUAUAUCCCAAU